CCCACCUUCCUUGCUUGGAGGCUCCUGGGGCCCCCGAUCCUGGCUUGCAGUGGUUUGGUUACCAGGGGUUGUUGGUUCGUAGCGGAAAAACAGGAUCGAAAGUGAAAUCGCAGAAACAACAUUCCUAUGGUUUUGCUCGAAGGAUGUUCUCUCAAAACCGGCCACCGGGUCACCUGCAGGCGGCACCCGUGGUCACUGCCGCCGCGACCAGCGUCGUCUCGACAGCCCCCCAGUCCCUGAAGCUGACUUACCCGGAGAUUUUGGACCGGAUCAAGGAGGAAUUUCAGUUCUUGCAAAACCAGUACCACAGCUUGAAACUGGAAUGUGAGAAGCUCGCCACGGAAAAAACAGAAAUCCAGAGGCAUUAUGUCAUGUACUACGAAAUGUCCUACGGUUUGAACAUCGAAAUGCACAAACAGACGGAGAUUGCCAAGCGCCUCAACGUCAUCUGUGCUCAGCUCAUCCCGUUUUUGUCCCAGGAGCAUCAACACCAAGUGGUCCAGGCCGUUGAACGAGCCAAGCAGGUGACUAUGGAAGAAGUGAAUGUUGCAAUCGGGCAUCAGCUCCAAGCUCAGCACCUCUCGCAUCAUGCGCCGCCCAUUCCACUGACCCCUCACCCGUCCGGCAUCCAGCCGGCCAGCCUGGCCACCCUUGGCAGCGCGUCCGGCCUUCUGGCGUUGUCCGGAGUGCUGGGCGCCCAAGCCCAGCUCCUCGCCAAAGACGACCGAGGGCUUCUCGACACGGAUCACAGAGAGAGAGACCCGGGUCCCAGCUCCUUAGCGCUGUCCAACGGGGAACGAAUGCGAGCCAUUUCGGAGUAUUUGAACAGCAGCAAAAAGAGGAAAACGGAGGAGAAGGAAUAUGCCACGGACUACGGCAGCGAUGGAGACAAAAGCGAAGAAAAUUUGGUGGUGGACGAGCUUUGUGAUCCCUCCUCCCCCCACAGUGUCAACUCCUUCUCCUCCCGGGAAAACGGGGUCGAUAAAAUCUCCCUGCAGAGAAAGGAGACCAUGCAACUGAGCCCCACAUCCUGCAGCUCCUCCCCACCGCGGAUCACCAAGGAGGUGGUCACGGUAGAGAAAGCGGCCACCCCCGGUUUGAAGUCCAGCACCCCGACUUCCCAAAGCGAAGGGACGGCGCCAGGGUCCUCCAGCAGCAGCACGCCGCAGCUCCGCCCGGGGGUCGCGAAGCAGACGGUGGAAUCUCUCGCCCUGAGCCUGCGAAAUCCACUCACGGUCCAGAGCUCUUACCAAGCCGCUUUCAACAUGGCGCAUGCGUCUGUCAACGGCGACAUGGCGAGCGCGGGGGCCUACGCGGGUCUGCACCUGGUAACCCCGCAGCUCAAUGGGGCAGCUGUCGUGGGGGCCGGCAGCUACGGGCGCUCCCCUCUGGUCGCCUACGACCCUCACUCUCACCUGCGGGUCCCGGGAUUGUCAACGGGGAUGCAGGCAGGUGUGCCUUCAGCGAAGCCAGCGUACUCCUUCCACGUCAGCUCCGACGGGCAGAUGCAGCCUGUGCCCUUCCCGCCCGACGCCCUCAUCGGCUCGGGCAUCCCUCGCCACGCCCGCCAGCUCCACACGCUGACGCACGGGGAGGUGGUCUGCGCCGUCACCAUCAGCAAUUCCACGCAGCACGUCUACACGGGGGGCAAAGGCUGCGUGAAGGUGUGGGACGUGGCCCAGCCGGGCGCAAAGACCCCCGUGGCCCAGCUGGAUUGCCUGAACCGGGACAACUACAUCCGGUCGUGCAAGCUUCUCCCCGACAGCAGGAGUCUGAUCGUGGGCGGGGAGGCCAGCACCCUCUCCAUCUGGGACCUGGCGGCUCCGACUCCCCGGAUCAAGGCGGAGCUGACGUCCUCUGCCCCGGCCUGCUACGCCCUGGCCAUCAGCCCCGAUGCCAAGGUCUGCUUUUCCUGCUGCAGCGAUGGCAACAUCGUGGUCUGGGACCUUCAGAACCAAACUCUUGUUAGGCAGUUCCAGGGCCACACGGACGGCGCCAGUUGCAUCGACAUCUCGAACGACGGCACCAAGCUUUGGACGGGAGGCCUGGACAACACCGUGCGGUGCUGGGACCUCCGGGAAGGGCGCCAGCUUCAGCAGCACGACUUCAACUCACAGAUAUUUUCCCUGGGUUACUGCCCCACAGGGGAGUGGCUGGCGGUCGGUAUGGAGAGCAGCCACGUCGAGAUCCUUCACGUCUCGAAGCCGGAGAAGUACCAGCUCCAUCUGCACGAGAGCUGCGUCCUCUCCCUCAAGUUCGCCUCCUGCGGGAAAUGGUUCGUAAGCACUGGGAAGGACAACUUAUUGAACGCUUGGCGAACACCCUACGGGGCCAGCAUAUUCCAGUCCAAGGAGUCUUCUUCGGUUCUCAGCUGCGACAUUUCCACCGACGACCAGUUCAUCGUCACCGGUUCCGGAGACAAGAAGGCGUCCGUCUACGAAGUGAUGUACUGAGGACAAGCCAGACUCCUCGCUGAAAGAGAGAGGGCCGGACGAGCCCCCCUGGUGU